CAUCAAGGGUCCCAGGACGAUGCAGGCGCUAGGCGAGGCGAAAGUGUGCUUUCGGCACUUGCAACAAAGGAAAACGCAUAAAAGCUUCGUCGGAGAAAUUGUGUAUCCUCCAACUUCGGUCGUCGCGCAGGGAUUAUGUUGUGAGGAAGAUUAUGUUCUUGUGCCGUGUUGAUUUGUUUAGCAUAUAUUAUAAUAUCACAGCAGUGGACGACUGAUAAGAUCUUCGGAGAGGUUUAGAGAUCCUAAUGGAAGAUGAAAGAUACAUUUUGAAUAAAUGAUGCUGCAGAGGAAGUGGAAGUAGACUUUGUUUUUAGCAAAUAAGAAAGUUGGUAUAGGAGGUAACAUUGCUAUUAAUACACUGAUCGUUCUCUCGUAUAUUCAUUAUACAUUGAUUUUCGAAUAUUCGUAAGCAUAAUCGACUAGAAAGUCCGUGACCCUUUCAUUUCUACCUAGACACACGAUCGAUUGGUCGUAUGAAGCAUUGGACAAAGGCGAAUGUUCGACGAUUAUCGAAAGCGACGCAACUGCGCGGACCGAAAUGCUACAAAAGUGUGAGACCUUAUACGUCGAAGAAGCCGCACAAUUCAAUUAUGGUUUCAUAAUUUGUAGGUGUAUUCUUUUUCGUGAUGCAGAUGAGUACCAGUACAAUAUCAUAGAGCAGCCUCUUUUAUUCCAUGAAGAUAGACAUAGGUGGCCAGCACAUGAUCGUCUUUUUCAUUUCUCAGGAUAGUCACAGGCAUAGACCAGCACAUGCAUAGUCUACUUUUUUAGAUCACACUUAAAGAAUUGGGGUUUAGGUCCAGCAGCGCUCAAAGCACUAAAAUAAAACAGCCGGUUAGUUUUUACCUCUAGAGAUGUAGCCCUUCCAACAAUGGAUCACACUUAAAGAUAAGCAUAGGGAUGGAUAUGGAAGGCUGAAACCGCUCUGAGAUGAGGCCCUUGGGGAAGUGGUCUCAACCUUCUAAUAGAAACCAAUGUACAGGUACAUCAUGAUGCGACGCAACGAUACUUUGCUCAGCUACCUGAAUCACGCGAUGCUCGUGCUCAUGGGGGUACUUGUUACUGUAUUUUAUGAAAUCUUGUAAGUUAGCAAAUCUAACUAGACUAGAAGUGAAAACUUGUUCUUAAACUCGAUCUUCUCCUUCUCGGAGUACAGGUCGUCUUUGACUUUGUUCUUUGUAUUAUCAAGAAUUCCUCAUUGUUCAGAAUUGUUCUGCCCUGUGGCUCGUCUGUUGUAAUUAUUUCUCCCCUAUUGAGUCACUUCUUCUCUACUACUUCAAGACUACGCGAUACCAGCAUAUCUUGGAAGAAACGAUGAAGAGCGGUAGGACGUGCGACGAUCAGGGUGAGAGCAGUGACACGACACCCAUAAACGUCGAACAGAUGGGAGGGAUGUUCAUCGUCUACGGAGUUGGCGGUCUGGUGGCUUUAGUGUUACGGAGGAAAAAGUGUGGAGGAACUGGGCAAUUCUUGAACAAUCUUAAUGAUGUUUUCCCUGCUCCUUACUAUUUUUUUAGACAACAACAGUAGUUGUGGUUCCUUCUGCUUCUCGUCCCUUGAAUAGAAGAGUACGAGCAGGAGAAUAUAUGAAGCAAGGCACACCCAUCAACAUUAUUUUCUGUUGAAGAAAUAGUGCUAGUGCAUGUUGAUUGAUGACGUUUUCGAGGCAGGAACUCACGACCACUUGUUCAUCCCCCUUUUCUAAGCUAUGUUACCAUUGCGGACCGACUUUAUCGGCAGAAACCGCGAGUCCCCGAGGAUUUUGAGGAGGAAAUGCGUUCAGCCGUAGCAGAUAUCACCGGAAAGCUGGAAGAGCUGACACGCCAGAAGAAGACCCUGUUUUCGACUGAAGUUAUUGGACUAAAUCAUGGAGCUGAACAAGCACAAAAUCGAUUAGAAUCUUCUUCGUCUUACAACGGCUCACAAUCGAUGAAAAACUCGACGAACGGCAACGGCAAUAACAACAAAGUAGAUGACGUCAGUACUCUUCCUCUUGAUCAUGCUAAAGGGGGACUACAAGAAGCUCAAGAAGAAAGGACUUCUUCUUCUAAAAACCAUCCUAUCAUCAAUAAUGGAGGCUCAACCACAUCUCUUACUUCCUCCAAAGACAGAGAGACUACUGAAGAUGUCAGGGUACUUAUGACCAAGAAGAUCAGCACAUCUGGCGAUCUCUACUACGGCGGUGUCCUCACGAAUGCAGGAGCCACAGAAGAAGCUAAAGAUUAAGGCUAGUUUAUCCCGACCACUAUCCUCUGUGGACUAUGUAAGUGUGCUGAGACGCCUCCCCCUUGAUUUGAACGCCUCCCCCUUGAUUUGAGGGGGAAGCUAAGGGGAAAAAAGGAAAACUCACUCAACCACGGAUAGUGAGCGGCUAUCUUUAAAAAGAGCAUGCGGCCUCACAAGCGAGAAGACGCGAACAUGAAUGGCUCAACUGGCAUUGAGAUCAUACAGGGUGCUGAGGGUGCCGAGCACGACAAUAGCAUUUCAUGUAGUAGGAUUGUCAACUUUUGCUAAAAUCAAUCUUGAAGAACAACAAGAAAAACUAAGGACAAGGACAUACAGUUUCUCAAAUUCGAUGAAAAGACAAAGACUCACGAUUAUUGUAGUACGCCUGGUGGGGAAAAGGCUGGAC